CGCUGAAAUUCAAACGCGGGGAGCGGUUGGGGUGGAGAUUUGGUGCUUGCGGGCGGCCCGGAGGAGCGCGGCGGAGGCGGCAGCGAUGGAUCCCUUCACCGAGAAACUCCUUGAAAGAACCCGUGCCAGGCGAGAGAACCUGCAGAAGAAAAUGGCUGAGCGGCCCAAGAUGGGAGCGAGACCCACAGUGCAGACCAAGAGGGUCAGAGAGCCUUUGUUAGAAACUGGGAACCAGGUGCCUCUUCCUGCAGAAGAAGUGAAACCUGGUACAAAGCCCUCACCGUCAAAGAGGCUCUGCCCUGACAAUGUGGAGUCUCAGUCUUCCAGUUCAGAGAACAUACAGCCAGUUCCUUCAAGUUCCACAAGCCAGCAUUCUCCUGAGAUGACUUCGGAGUUGCACAUCACUGCUUCUAACAGAGCUUCAUUGCUUCAGCCUCUUGAGAAAGGAAAAACAAACACCGAAUCGGAAACUCCUGCAGCUCUUUCAGUGAAAACACGUAUGCAGAGGUUGGCAGAACAGCGGCGCCGCUGGGAUAGCGAGGAUCCCUCUGAAUAUGUUCCUGUGUCUCCCCUCCAGUCAAAGGAUCUGCCUGUUUCUCCACCUAAGCAAGCAUCUAAUGCCCUGGCAAGUGAUACCCCUAUUGGGAGAAGAGGCCGGUUAGCUAACCUUGCUGCUACAAUUGGUUCCUGGGAAGAUGACCUAAGUCAUCCAUCUGCAAAGCAAAACAAUGCACAAGAACAGCCUGGCACUACUUGUUUAUCCAAAUUGUCCACUACAAGUGGAGCAUCUGCUAGAAUCAAUAGUAGCAGUGUAAAGCAGGAAGCUGCAUCCUGUUCUCAGAGGCUUGUUGAGGCUUCUAUUAAUAAACCAGCAAACUCAAAGAUAGAGGAUCCAAACAAUUUAACACGAUUCUCAAGAGUCACUGUUCCCUGUUCUAAAGAAUCUGCAGUACAACAACCGCUAACAGAGAAUCCCUGCAGCCCUCAGAAAACUGAAAAGCAUACACAAAUAGCAAAAUCAACUUUGCCUCAACCAGUUCAGUCCAAAGAAGAGCCAGUCAAAGGAACACAUGUGCAACCUGAACCUAAGGGUAAACCCACAACACCAGGGGGAUCAGGAAUUAAACCCUUCCUGGAACGCUUUGGAGAGCGUUGUCAAGAGCGCAGUGCACAGAGUCCUGCUACGAAUACUCCAGGGUGCAGAACACCCAUUGUUACCCCAAAUACUAGGACAAUCCAGGAAAGGCUUCUUAAACAAAAUGAAAAUUCCUCUACUGCCAGUUUAGCACUGCAGCUUAAGCAGGAACGUGAAAGAGAACUUGCAUGUCUUCGUGGCCGGUUUGAUAGGGGCAAUCUGUGGAGUGCCAAGGAAAACGGAAGUCCGAAGAGAAAACUUCCAGAAGCUAAAAUGGAAAGCCAAUCUCGGGGUAGUCCAAAACGUUCUCCUUGUUCCAAUGACACCGCUUUUGCAUCAGCAGAAGACACACCAGCAAGAGAUAGGCCAGCAAAGUCUCCCAGCGUGGAGUCUUCAGAUGCUCCUAAAUGUGAAGAGACUCAGAAACCCAGUCCUCUGAAGAUGGAUGAGCCAAAAAGCCCUGUAAAAGCAAUGUCUGUCUCAAAACUUGAUCAGUGUGCUGAGAAACUGAAAGAUGAAGUAUAUGAAAUUGAAAUGAGUGUGGAUGAUGAGAUGAAUAGCUCGAAAGUGAUAAAUGAGAUUUUUGAAGUUCUUGAAGAAGAUGGUCCAGACAUAGAAAAGUUGAAGAAAGAAAUGAGUAUGAGCCUGGAAGGUGAAAGUGAUGAGGAUGAGCAGGAAGAGUCACUUAAUAUUUCGUCGAUGUCUCUGUUAACCCCUUUAGUGGAAUCUGUUGGUCCAGAGGCCUUUGUUUCUCCUUCUAAGUCAACUGGUGAAGGCAGCAGUAUCAGUGAUAUAAGUCUGAAGUCUGACAAGUUCCAAAGGACUAAAGUCCCCAGGGCAGAAUCUGGAGACAGCAUUGGCUCUAUAUCAGACGAUCGCAACCUUCCCUAUAGCAUUGAUGCAUACAGAUCUCAAAGAUUUAAAGAAACAGAUCGUCCUUCAAUAAAGCAAAUCAUUGUUCGCAAAGAAGAUGUUGCUUCCAAGCUAGAAAUGAAACAUAAUGGGCCAUCUGAUCAAGUCAAUAUCAAAAAGAAAAUGCAGGAGCUCAAUAAUGAGAUCAACAUGCAGCAGACAGUGAUUUAUCAAGCCAGUCAAGCUCUGAACUGUUGUUUUGAUGAGGAGCAUGGAAAAGGGUCACAAGAAGAAGCAGAAGCAGAGAGACUUCUUCUCUUAGCAACUGAGAAGAGAACUGCUUUAUUGGAAGAACUGAAUAGACUGAAGAGUGAGGGACCUCAUAGUAAAAGAAAUAAAGCUGCUUCUAUAUCCACUCAAUAUGCUCCAUCCAGGGGAUCUGUUUCCAUUUCAGAAAUGCGUCUACCUCUGAAAGCAGACUUUGUAUGUGGUACAGUUCAAAAGCCAGAAGCAGCAAAUUACUACUAUGUAAUAAUACUGAGAUCUGGAGCAGAAAACAUGGUUGCAACCCCAUUAGCGAGUACUGCCAGCUCCCUGACUGGAGAUGCUCUUACUUUUACUACGACAUUUACUAUGCAUGAUGUGUCAAAUGACUUUGAAAUAAAUAUUGAAGUUUACAGUUUGGUACAGAGAAAAGAAGUUCUGAGCACUGAUAAAAGGAAAAAGGCAAAUAAGUCUAAGGUUAUUACUCCAAAGAGAUUAUUAACAUCCAUUACCUCUAAAAGCACACUUCUUACUCCAGCCAUGGCCAGUCCAUGUGGCCCUAAUGCCAUACGCAGUACAAAUUUCACCCUUGUUGGAUCCCACAAGCUGUCAUUGUCUUCUGUAGGAAAUGCCAAAUUUGCAUUGGACAAGGUUCCCUUUUUGUCUCCUUUGGAAGGUCAUAUAUAUCUGAAGUUGAAAUGCCAAGUGGACUCCUCUGUGGAAGAGAAAGGGUUUCUGACUAUGUUUGAAGAUGUGAGUGGAUUUGGAGCAUGGCAUAGGCGCUGGUGUGUGCUGUCUGGAAACUGUAUAUCUUACUGGACAUACCCAGAUGAUGAGAAACGAAAGCAUCCUUUGGGCUGGAUAAACUUGGCUAACUGCACAAAUCAUCAGAUUGAACCUGCCAACAGGGAGUUCUGUGCCCGUCCCAACACUUUUGAACUAAUAACUGUCCGACCUCAGAGGGAAGAUGACAGAGAGACUCUUGUCAGCCAGUGCAGAGACACCCUCUGUGUUACAAAGAACUGGCUGUCUGCUGAUACUAAAGAAGAGCGUAAUAUUUGGAUGCAAAAGCUCAACCAAGUCCUUGUUGACCUUCGCAUGUGGCAGCCAGAUGCCUGCUAUAAACCAAUUGGAAAGCUUUAAACUCUGGAAGGGAAAUGCAAAGAAAAUAUGUGUACAAAACCUGCAUGAAGUUCAUAACAAAAAAAAGAAAUGGAAAUGUGGGAAGUCUUCUGGGUCACUUAUGCUUUAAAUUUCAGAGUAUUUAACAUUAUACAGGAGUAUAUUAUGCAGUAUUUUUGUUUCACUUUUAAGAAUUUUAAAGCUUUUUUUACUUCCUAGCUUUUGAGUAUGAUGGAAGUAAUCAGCUGUCUGCUAAAUGUGCUGGAUAACUCCUCUUUUUUUUGGAAGUCUUUUUUAGCUAAGUACAUUCUUUUCUUUAAACAACUACUGCAGGAAAUCGCACUCCAGGGGAGGAAGGGGGGCAAGCUAGUGAAAAAACAAGCUUCCUAGGUAACUAUGCUCCCUGAAAGAAACAAUAGCUCAGAGUUUCCUAACAAGGACGAUGCUGAGGAACAUUUACUAUUGGAGGGUUUGCCAGGUUGUUUUUGUAAUGAUCAGGCAUAGAAGUUAUAUUCUACAACAUGCAUUACAGGUAUUUCCUGCUUGCACAGUGUCCUUGCAGCCAGAACAAAACACAUGCACAAUAUAUUCAUACAUCUUUUGCUAUUUCUCAUACCAACUGGUAUGGAUAAGUGCAUGGCAUGUAUACUAUGUGGUUUACAGGUGUGGAAUUAUGUAUGCAUUAUACUGCACUUUGAUAGAGAUGAAUGGUCUUGAUUAUUUUUGUUAGGACUGCUAUAUUAAAAAAAGAGAGAAAAAUAAUAUUAGGGUUGUAUAUGUCAGUAUUUCCUGGGGCUUAUGGUUUUUACAAGUUGGAGUUCUCCAUUUGAGAACCAGGAGCAGAUUGUAAAAGUGCUUUUUCUUAAUAUAAGACACUACAAAGCUGCUAUGUACCAACUAAUGCUCUGCUGACGGGAAGUAUGGCUCUUCUCCCCCUUCAUAGACAUGUCCAUAAAUGCAGCUAACAGCAGCACUUCAGAGCCAUCCAUAAAAUAACAAAACUUCUCAGUUAAAACUUACAAUUUUCACAGCUUUUCACUGGGCUUGGUGAAAUACCAGCUCAUUAAUUGCAAAUGCAAUAGUGGAAUACUUAUAAUUGCUAUUGCUGUCAUGUAUUCACACUUGAAACACUAAAUUCUGUUAGCUUAUACUGUUUUCAUCCUGCCACUUAUGUCAUUUCUUUUACAUCUAGUUUUCUCUUUCUGAUGUCUUUAAAUAUUUCCAACCUAUGUAUUGAGAUUUAUUUUAUUCAUUUAAAAUAAAGAAGACACUUUCUCCUUGGUUCA